CACUGGGAUGGCAGUAUUGCUGAGAGAGGUUUACACUGGGAUGGGAGUAUUACUGAGAGAGGUUUACACUGGGAUGGCAGUAUUGCUGAGUGAGGAUUACACUGGGAUGGCAGUAUUGCUGAGUGAGGAUUGCACAGGGAUGGCAGUAUUGCUGAGGGAGGUUUACACUGGGAUGGCAGUAUUGCUGAGGGAGGUUUACACUGAGAUGGCAGUAUUACUGAGUGAGGUUUACAGUGGGAUGGCAGUAUUGCAGAGGGAGGAUUAUACUGGGAUGGCAGUAUUACUGAGCGAGGUUUAUACUGGGAUGGCAGUAUUGCUGAGAGAGGUUUACACUGGGAUGGCAGUAUUGCUGAGUGAGGUUUACACUGGGAUGGCAGUAUUGCUGAGGGAGGUUUACACUGUGAUGGCAGUAUUACUGAGUGAGGUUUACACUGGGAUGGCAGUAUUGCUGAGGGUGGAUUAUACUGGGAUGGCAGUAUUGCUGAGCGAGGUUUAUACUGGGAUGGCAGUAUUGCUGAGAGAGGUUUACACUGGGAUGGCAGUAUUGCUGAGUGAGGAUUACACAGGGAUGGCAGUAUUGCUGAGGGUGGUUUACACUGGGAUGGCGGUAUUGCUGAGAGAGGUUUACACUGGGAUGGCAGUAUUGCUGAGAGAGGUUUACACUGGGAUGGCAGUAUUGCUGAGAGAGGUUUGUACUGGGAUGGCAGUAUUGCUGAGAGAGGUUUACACUGGGAUGGCAGUAUUGCUGAGCGAGGUUUACACAGGGAUGGCAGUAUUGCUGAGAGUGGUUUACACUGGGAUGGCAGUAUUGCUGAGAGGUUUACACUGGGAUGGGAGUAUUGCUGAGAGAGGUUUACACUGGGAUGGCAGUAUUGCUGAGUGAGGUUUAUACAGGGAUGGCAGUAUUGCUGAGAGAGGUUUACACUGGGAUGGCAGUAUUGCUGAGAGAGGUUCAUACAGGGAUGGCAGUAUUGCUGAGAGAGGUUUACACUGGGAUGGCAGUAUUGCUGAGAGAGGUUUAUACAGGGAUGGCAGUAUUGCUGAGUGAGGAUUACACAGGGAUGGCAGUAUUGCUGAGGGAGGUUUACACUGGAAUGGCGGUAUUGCUGAGAGAGGUUUACACUGGGAU